UUAGCAACAUGGCGGCGAGUCAGAGCUAUUUUUAAUCUGCGCCACUUUUUUAUUAGAGAUUAGCGAUUCUAAUCUCUCAGAGGCUCAUUCUGUCAACUGAAUGGACUUUAGACUUUAAAUGUUUUUCUCAGUUUUCUCUCCCUCAGUCAUCUACCCGGAAACUACAAAGCUAGCUUAGCUUAGCAUUCAAACUGGAGAUAUGAGUGGUGAAACAGUCAAAGUUGCUGUUUGAUGGAGUGGUUGUAGUGUUUUCCAGAAUAAAUCAGCCAGUAUAACUGUGUGAAAAUGCCAGGAGUCGAGACACUGAGAGAUUUUGUCAACCAGAGACUGACUGCUGCUGCUGAAGAGAUUUUUGGAGUCUUUGAAAGAACGAUAGCAGAAUACGAGGAACAACUUUGUCGAUGUAAAGAGGAAAACGAGCGAAAACAGAAACUUCUGGACGAUGUUCAGCUUCGCUUUCACAGAGCAGACAACCAGCAGCUGUCAGCGACUCCAGAAGAGGUUCCCUCUGACCCUCGGAGCUCCAGUCUGGACACUGAAGACACUGAGCCUUCAGUGAUUAAGCAGGAAGAGGUGGAACUGUGGAGCAGUCAGGAGGGACUUGAUGAGGUUUAUACCAUCAAGUUCCCCUUUGCUUCUGUCUCAGUGAAGACUGAAGAUGAUGAAGACAAACAGUCCUCAAAGCUUCAUGAAAUACAAACUGAAGGGGUGAAAACAGGAGCUGAUGGAGAGGACUGUGGAGGACCAGAACAGGCCAGGAACUCAGAACCAGCGAAACAUUCACAUCCAGAGACUCAGGACAAGACUGAAGACUGUUCGGAAGCUGAAACUGAUGACAGCAAUGAUUGGAGGGACACAAUGGAAAAUGAUUCUGGAUUAAACUGUGUGGAAAACUUUGAUGAUGACAGAUCAGACAAUGACAAGAAAUCACACAGCUGCUCUCAGUGUGAUAAAGCAUUCACAAGGAAAUCUCAUCUUGCUACACAUAUGAGAAUUCACACAGGAGAGAAACCGUUCAGCUGCCCUGACUGUGAUAAAAGAUUUAAGUAUAAGGUUGGUCUGACCAAACACAUGGUUGUCCACACAGGAGAGAGGCCGUUUAGCUGCUCUAAGUGUGAUAGAACUUUUAACAAAAAGGCUAAUCUGACGAAUCACAUGUUAAUUCAUGGAGAAGAGAAACGCUUCAGCUGCCCUGAAUGUGAUAAAAAGUUUACCCAGAAGUCUCAGCUGAACUCCCACAUGUUUGUUCACAAAGGAGAGAAUCCCUUCGGCUGCUCUCAUUGUGAAAAGGAAUUUUAUUACAUAUCUCAUCUGAAAACACACAUGUUGGUGCACACAGGAGGGAAACCCUACAGCUGCUCUGAGUGUGAUAAAAAGUUUAACUUUAAGUCUCAGCUGAACUCCCACAUGUUUCUUCACACAGGAAGGAAACCCUUCAGCUGCUCUCAGUGUGAAGUGGGAUUUUUUUUCAAGUCUCAUCUGAAGUCCCAUAUGUUGGUGCACACAGGAGAGAAACCGUUCAGCUGCCCUGACUGUGAUAAAAAGUUUAACCGAAAGUCUAACCUGACAAAACACAUAGUUAUCCACACAAGAAAGAAACCCUUUAGCUGCUCUGAGUGUGAUAAAAAGUUUCACCGAAAGUCCCAGCUGAACUUACACAUCCUGGGGCACACAUGAGAGAAACCCUUCAGCUGCUCUGAGUGUGAUUAAAAAGUCUACUCACAAGUCUCAUCUGACUUCACACAUGGUGAUCCACACAGGAGAGAAACCCUUCAGCUGUGAGCUCUGUGAUCAGAAAUUUUCAUGGGAUAGUCUGUUAAAAAGACACGUGUGCUGGUGGCCAGACUUCAUAAAAUAAGAGAAAGAAAAGCUUAUGAGGAGGGCUAUGUAAGAUGCAAGGUUAUAAUUCUUUAAAUUUUUCAAUAGUUUUUAUUCUCUUUUUUUUUUUUUUUUCAAUUUCUUUAUUCAAUUUCAGUUUAGUUUUUAUUAGUUCUGACUGCCGGUUUGUUAGUUUAGUUUGGUUUUUGUUUUACAAAAAUGCUUUCUCUCAGUUUUCUAUUAGUUUUAGUUUUUUCGGAUACAUGUCUGGGCUGAGAGAACGUCACACCCUUUUUAAACAUAUUCAAACAGGCUACUCUUCGCUUUUCAUUUUAUUUGUUUAAAGAUGAUGUUUGAAUAAAACUUCAUACAUAAAACUACCGCUGUGUGAGGUCUUAACCAAUCAAUUCAGGCGAUUUUACUCUCCCCAGAGUGGUGUAGGUGCCAGUCAGUAUGGUUGCGUCAAAUACUGAAACUGAGGAUAUUUUGCCUCUAUUUUUAUUUUAUUUUUUGGGCUGCAACGCACGAUGAUUUCAAUCAUCAAGGAAUCAGAUGAUUAUUUUCUCGAUUCAUUGAUGAAUUGGAUGGGGUUUUUCCCCCUAGGGGGAUCUCUUACUUAGAAAUUUAACACGGAUAUUCCAAAGCUGUCAAAAUAAUGUUAGUUUAAAUGUCUAUAUUCUUAAAACUGUAAGAAAACAUUUUUUUGAGGUCUGUUAAAUUAGAUAACUUGAACAUGCCACAGAAUAAACAAAAAAUAAUACAUUAUUUAAAAAAAUGAAAAUGAUAAGUUCUUACUUUGCCUCCCUCCUUACAAACAUACAUAAAUACUUUCAGAUCAUACUAAUAUCAACAGCAUGGGGAUAUGAUUUGAAUGAAAGACUCUUACAGUGGGAUUCUGCUUUUAUUACGUUCUCUUGCAAUUAUUUAAUCCCAGAGGAGCUACAGGUAAGCCUCAACCUCUUAAAGUUACUGAUAUUAUGAUAACUUAGAAACAUUUGUCUCUCACUUAAUCAACAAGCUAACAUUAAUUCGUUGAUGCUUGUUGUCAGACUGACCCACACUCACACAAACUACCUCUGUCACACAUGCACAGACACACACACCCAACCGAUCCUCUCACCCUGUGACUACAGCUCACACCUUUCCUUCCUCUCUCCUGUUUUAGCGGACACUUAGAACACAAAGUGUGGUAAAUAUCACAAAUUACAUGAACGCCUGACAGUCCAUUGGUAUUGUUUUUAUCCAGUCUCCUAUCAUAACAGAAACCAAAGUUCCUCCGCAGUUUUUAUGAACACGAGCUAUUGUUAGAUCUUAUCUCCCUCAUGAGACACAGUGAUGAUGAAUGUAUCCACUUAAUUUUGCCGCUAAUCAUCAGAAUAUAAUCAGAAAAGUACUAAACCAAGAGAAAGUAAAGUUUAUCAGCCAUCUGUGAGUGACGUAAACAGCUCCGCACCACACCAAGUGACGCCAUAAUUGCGCAACACAGGGAAUCGAUACAUAAAUUCGUUGCCAACACUUGUCGAUUUUUAUCGAUUUGUUGUUGCAGCCCUAUUUAUUUUACUUAGUGAUGUGAGCGCACAGUUUACAGUUAUAGUUAGUUUUCAUCGUUUUUUCAGUAAAACUUAGUUUUCAUUUAGUUUCAGUUAACUAAAAUGAUUUUUGAAUUUUAGUUUUAGUUAUUUAGUUAGUUUUAGUUAAUUAUAAUAACCUUGGUAAGCUGAGAACCAGACGGUAUCUGAGAUAUCUAAAAAGAUGUGCAACAAGAGACUGAAGAUGAAUACGAUGAUUAGAGGGAGAUCGGAGAACAUCAGUCAGGUUUAAACUCUAAGCCUGCUAUGCUCAAUCCUGAAGCUACUCAGCUGCACACAGCUCUUAUUGGGAUGCACAGAUGCAUCAGUUUAACAUCAGUAUUGGCGGAUAUUAUCCCUGUUGUUACAUAUGCAAAUAAUAUAGCAGGAACAUUUAUCAUUUAUCAGCAUUUAUCUGUUGUGCCUGAUGAAUUGUAUACUUGCAUCUGACAUAUCAAGCUGAUGAAUAAAAUAAACCAGUGCAGAAGACAUAACUUUUUGCACAAUCUCUGAUCUGAUUUCAUGGAUAAACAUGAGAGAAAAUGUUGGCGUUGAGCCUAUCAACUCGAACUUUCACAAUCAAUGCAACUUGAGUUCUUUUAUCAAAAGUUGCAGUCUUGUUUGGAAAAUGAAUCCCAAAAUAUUUUGAAAAGUAGAAAUUUUGCCCGAAUACUUGAUUCUUUGCAAGUCCCAUCAGUGCUGGUUGGCAAGAAAACAGACUGAAACAACAGCAUACAAGAGAGACCCUUUCGUUGUUUUCAGUGCAAACUCCAACAGUAAAUCCUUUCUGUGGCAAAAUGAGAGUCACAAAUAUCACUGAGGUCAGUUCAGAGCUGAUGUUUUAACAACGCUUUCCAGACUGAAAUACAAAUGUAGAUUGCUAAAAGCAUGGACAGUCAUACCAGAGAAAAGUGGAAGACUACCUGCUAUUAUUGACUGUGAUUCUCAGCAAAAUGCUGUAUGCUCAGGUGUGGACAGAUGACAAACUAUGUGCUGUGUGUUAUGCUGUUGUCAGUACUUUAAUCAUUUGUGUGUGUGUGUGUGUGUGUGUGUGGAUAACAGAGAUGCACACAAGUCACUUUUUGCAAGUCCAAGUCAGGUCUCAAGUCUCAUAUGGUCUUAAUGAGCAUUCUAUGAUCUGCUUCUGACAUCCAGUCUGCUUAGACCAUUGCAUGGUUUUAUCUUAGGGAUUUAAAGCCUGUACUGUAUUCUCAUCAUCUGCACAGGUGGGAUCACCAUUGGUGUAAUAAAUAAAGGAUGGACUUGUGCAGGAAGAUUAAGACUGUUAACCUGACAAGCCAGAUGGAUUUGUUUCACUGAGAAUCACAGAAAUGGGCAAAUCCAUCUGCUUUUCAAGGUCAUUAGACUCUUACAUCACUUGAAAAGAUGACAAAUUAAAGAUUCCUUUAAACAUAUAAGGACAAUUUGUUUUUUGUUUUUUUUAAAAGGAUCUUUAAAAAUCCCUCGAUGCCAUGAAAAAAAUGUAGUUAGUGUUUGACUACUGUCUUGUGAGAAAUGAGUUCCAACAUUUAUUCUGAAGGACACAAACAGCGUUGCACCGGAAGUGAUUAGUAUUGCGAACGCUUUAGGCUACUCUGUAUUUAGCAAUAUGGCGGCGAGUCAGAGCAAUUUUUAAUCUGUGCCA